AUGGUGCCAAAGGUGCCCCUAUACAUGAGACUGAAGGCAAAAGUGUACUUCUCUUCAAAUCAGUGUGGUUUGGCAAAAGACGACAUCGCUCAUUUUGGACACACUUUAGAAACCACUCUCCGAACUGGUGUUUACAAAAAUGCUUGCACAAAUCAGCAUUGGUUAAAUCUAAAAUGCUCUGUUGCUCAUAUUACAAUAACGUGCCAAAAGGUAUCUAGCCAUGGAAGCUCACUCCACGGACUUUCUGCACUAAGUAAGCGCAGUAUUACAGAGUUGCCCUAUACUAUGGUUGUUGCGUUCGAAUUACGAACAGAUGUGUCCAAAAAUGAAAUUGGAAACAAUAAUGUAUUGUUUAUUGAAGACUACUAUGCCGCAAGGGAGAGAUUAAACAACUUGUAUGAAAAGCUGGAAUAUGAUAUUGUUGUCGGAGACUUAAAACUCGAGGCCAUGCAACAUUCGAUACAAAUGCGAAUAUUGAGCGAUAGCCUUACAUCCUCGUUCGCUGAAGCGAUAUGUCCACCGGGUUACGCAGUAAACCCAUCCACCUUUUUAUGUGUUGGCUGUGGUGUUGGUAGCUUCUUUUCUGAGAUUACUGAUGCGUGUGAGAAGUGUCCCAAAGGAACGUACCAGGAUCAGGAAUCGAGUGAAACAUGUAAGGUCUGCCCAAAUGGUACCGCCUCUGUUUUAGUUGGAGCAACUUCGUCUUCGGAAUGUUUAGAAAUAGACGAAUGUUCAUCAGGUUUGCGAUGUUUGAAUGGUGGUGUAUGCAUCGAUGCAUUUAAUGAUUUUUCGUGCAUCUGCCCACCUGGCAGCACAGGUAAAAACUGUGAACUCCACGAUUGUGUUUCACACAAAUGUAUAAACGGCGGUACGUGUCAGCCUACUGUGAAUGGCCCGUAUCAAUGUAUCUGUGGACGGCAGUAUUCGGGGGAACAUUGUCAAUCUUAUAAUGUGAAUGGAUCAUGGUCUGCGUGGUCAUUUUGGUCAGCAUGUUCGAAAUUAUGUGACGAUGGCACUCAGCUACGUCAUAGGUCAUGUGACUGGCCGGAGACAGCCAAUGACGGUGCGCCUUGUAAGGGUCCAACCCUUGAACAAAGAUCAUGCAAACAGCAGCCUUGUGCAGAGUGCAGCACGCUGAUCGUUCCCGCAUAUGGGAUGUUGGGUUGUUCAACACCGGAAGAUACAGCAUAUGUUAAGAUGUGUGAGCUAUCGUGCCGCAGCGGAUAUGGGCUAAGUACUUCUAUUAUGGAUUCUUACCAGUGUGGACCAGCGACCCAUUGGUUAUGGCCUCAUCAGUCACCCGAUAAUCCACGUGCUGUCCUUCCCCAGUGUACAAAGCUCAGUGAAGAUGUCGCUCAAACGAGAGUUGAAUAUAAACAGACAUAUCACCUACAGUGUAAGGACAGAUACUUCAUCAUGAACCAAAUGACUGCCACGAUGAAGGAAAAAAGUCGUCACUUGAAGUGCUCGGAACGGAAUCUAUGCAACUUUAGUUCACCACAAUCUUACUGUAGAAAAUGGCAAACUGAGUUCACUGUUGGAGUAAGGGUGACAUACAGUGCAAAAUACAGUGAUAUAGUGGAACCCGAGCUCAAGGAACUAGCAGAGGAGGUGACGAGCAAAUUCAGUAAUGGUUCCCUAUUCCUAUUCGCCCUCGGUCGACGUGUAAACCCAGGAUCGAUUGAUUAUACAGUCAAGCAUGUCUGUAAAACAGGUCAUGUGAAACAAUACGCAGGCUACUAUUGUGUGCCGUGUUCAAAGGGCACCUACUAUGUAAGCCCUAGUAGAGGGGGACCAGCAUGUUUCCUAUGUGAGAGGAGUUUCUAUCAAUCACUGACUGGUUCCAACCAAUGUAUAAGAUGCCCCUUUAAUGGCACUACCAUAGGAAUGGGAGCCACGGCAGAACAUGAAUGUGUUAAUGCAAUGGUUGUUCCAAUGGCAGUUAGCGUGAUGAGUAGCUCUUUGAUUGCACUGUUCACUACAGCCGUGGGAUUAUCCCUGCUUUGUAUGGCUGCUUUUACAACUGCGUGUGUAGUUCGUCAACGUAGGAGAAGGAGGCGGAAUAGGCGAGAGAUGGAGGAGAGAGCAUCACGUGGUUAUUUCAGCAGGUCACGUGCAAAUUCGCGUCAGUUCACACCAACGCCGCUAUUGGAGCGUUCAAAUGACCCGCUCUUCAAUCAUGGCGCCCAAAACUCGCCAUGGACUCCACGUUCCCGGCGAAUCGCCCAUUAUAGCACAGUGCCUAAAUCGCCUAUGAGACCUAUGUUAGCAUUUAGUAAAAGUGACGCAGAGUAUCAGGAAGCCUUCACUGAGGUAUAAAA